CGCGAUACAUUAGCUUGUAAUAAGGAUUAUGACUGCGGCAGUGGAAUUUGCAGCAAAGGUCAGUGUACAGUUGCUUGCAGAAAUCAGAACGAUUGCGCUGAUGGUGAAUAUUGUUCGAACAAUCGAUGCAUGAUCAAAUGCUCGAGUCACAACCAAUGUCCAGAGGGUCAAGCAUGUAAACAAGGUGUUUGCUCGAUUGGAUGCCGAAGCAACAACGAUUGCGCUUCAAAUUUGUCUUGCAACAACAACAACUGUCAAAAUUCAUGCGAGAGCAACAUUUGUGGACCGAAUGCCUUGUGCAAAAUCGAAAAUCAUGCAGCCAAAUGCGAAUGCCCCGCUGGAUUCGAUGGAAAUCCAACGCCAGAACAAGGAUGUGUUCGAGUUCCAUCGACUUGUGUUUCGACGAGCCGAUGCCCGAACGGUCACAUGUGCAUCGGAAACUACUGUCAAGUGCCAUGCAGCGAAUCAGUUGCAUGCGCCAUCGGCGAGAGGUGUGAUAAUAAUGUUUGCGCGAAGGUUUGCUACACAAAUAACAAUUGUUUGCCCGGUGAAAUUUGUAACGAACGUGGAACAUGUCAAUCGGGUUGCCAAAGCGAAGCUGAUUGCCCACCAACACAGGUUUGCGCAAGUGGAAAAUGUAAAUGCGGUCGCGGUUUCAUUGGAACACCAUUCGGAUGCUCUGAUAUUGAUGAGUGCACCGAUCAGGUUUGUCACAAGAGCGCUAUUUGCGAAAAUACACCAGGAUCAUUCAGAUGUGUGUGCCCAGAACAAACCGUUGGCGAUCCAUACACAGAACCUGGUUGUUUACUUCCAAAUCAAUGCGCACGAAAUGAAGACUGUGCCAAGAAUUUGGCAUGUUUCGAAGGAAAAUGCACAGAACCAUGCGGCAUCGCCGAAUGUGGUCGCAAUGCAAUUUGUCAGGGCAGCGAACAUAAAGCAUUCUGCCAAUGUCCACCGGGCCAUUUGGGAGAUCCAACCGAUAAGGUCACCGGUUGUUUCCGAGUCGAAUGUAUCAGCAGCGAAGAAUGCAGCCAAAACAAAUAUUGUAAUCCACAAAUUAACAAAUGUCAAAAUCCAUGCGAUAAUGUUGACUGUGGUCGAGGAACGUGUGUUGUCGACCGUCAUGAGGCAACUUGUUCAUGUCCUCCUGGCUACGUACUACUUAACGGCAAAUGUGAAGACAUCGACGAAUGUGUUGAACGACCAUGUCACAGUUCGGCAGUGUGUAAAAAUUAUCCGGGUAGCUUUGUUUGCAAAUGCAGUGUUUUAUGA